AGUCAAUGUCACUGUCUCUUCAUGUUGCACUGAUAAUGAGAAACCUUAUGAAGAGCCCUAAAUCUUCAGGAUAUAAUAGUGCUGUGAUCAUGAAAUUGACUUUUGUCACAUGGGAUCUGCAGGCUACCUCUUACUGGUUAGAGAUGUAAAGGAAGUGAAUAUCCUGUCUUGAAAAAUAGCAUAUAUAAAGACCCAUUAUCGAUAGCAUUUUCAAAACAGAAGCUAGCCUGCAAACAUCUUCUUCUUGUGGUUAUCUGAAUAUUUUACACCAACAUCAUGCAGCUCUGCUGGAAAUUAGCUCUGAUGAUGAUGGUUCUUGUGUGUGUUACUGCACAGCAAUCCAACUAUCGUCGUCCCACUCGAGUUGGAGUGAGCUGUUGUAAGGAGGUGUCAAAAGGAAGAAUCCCUGCUGCAAUUAAACUGGUUGGAUACAAGCAUCAGAAUGCCCUGAGUCCAUGUGUGGAUGCGAUAAUAUUCUACACAGAGAAGGAAAAGUUCUGCUCUGAUCCAGAUGCGCUCUGGAUUAAAAACCGUCUGAAAGGUCUGAAGGAGAUUGUGGACUGAGCAAAUGGAGGCCUAGAGGAUGCUGCAAAUCUAUCUAUAUAUUAAUAAAUCUAUCUAUUAAAAAGAGAAUAUAUAUAUAUAUUAUGCAUGUUUAUUUAAGCAAAACAAAUUACUAUUAGAUCCUCUUUUGCUUAUGUGAAUGUUAAGAGAUGUUUAAUUGCUUUGUUUAAUCUGCUUUAAAAUUAAAAUGCAAUUUUUGAAAAAUA